CAAAAACAGCGGAGGAAAGGGAAGCGCGACAGAGUCGUGUACAUUCUGCGGAAUCAGGGGGAAAGGAACAGGGCAGGGUUUAAUUAAUUAACAGCUCCGAAGCUGUCAGUCAAGGGGAAUUGCUGCCGAGUCCAGCGAGGAGGGAGGCUAUGCAUCAGACUUGGUAGUUGCAAAGGUGCUUCUGGCCGCUCUUCUAACUAACUCUUAGACUUUGUCAACCUAGCUACCACUUUCCGCUGUUUUACGUAAAGAGGACGACACCCUUGCCUUUAUUCUUCGCUUUUUGCGCUUUCAAUCUUUUGCGCGCACACCACCAUUGCCCUGUACGUACGUAUGUGAACCAAGCCAAUUCAUGCGGCGUUGCUAAGGUACAUCUAGCAACUCGGCCACCCUGCACUCAACAAGAAAUGGCGGAAAGGUUUCUUCACGAUUACCCUGAACUGAAACCAUUCGUGCUGUCUGAUGUACGUUUGACUGGCGUCACAAUCGGCUUUGGGGCUCACGGGAGUGUGGAAGAAGUGGCUAUUCCUGGAGCUAUCUGCGCGGCUAAACGAGUCCAUGAUAUUUUCGUUAAAGGAGCAAAGAACCAAGACGCUGCUAUGCGCAAGGCCUCUAACCAGUUCAAGAGGGAAUGCCAGCUUAUGAGCACUCUACGUCACCCGAACAUCGUCCAGUUUCUCGGCGUCGUUUUCUUUCCCUUUCCUGAUUCGCGUCUACCUGCUCUUGUCAUGGAGCGGUUGCUGACCAACCUCCACGACUUACUAGUCCCAGAAACAGAUGCGUCAGUUCCAUCCGACGUGUCGAAGCCGUUCAUUCCCCUGGAUCUAAAGUGCUCUAUUCUGCACAACGUUGCGUGCGGGCUAGCCUAUCUUCACGGACGGUCGGAGCCUAUAAUUCACCGCAAUUUGUCGGCCAGAAAAGUCCUUCUAAAUUCGGGGAUGGUUGCCAAAAUUGCUGACUUGGGUGGGGCUCGUACUAUAACCGGCAUGAGGGAAGCAGCAGCAAUGACCAAGGGCCCCGGUGAUUCACUGUAUAUGCCACCUGAAGCCAAUGCCCCUUCCAGCUCUAAUGCUGAGAUGUCGAAAUAUGAUGCCAGCAUCGACAUAUUUUCCCUAGGCAUUCUCUCUAUUUUCACCAUUGGUGGAAACUUACCGUGCGAUCUUCUUCCGCCCAACUAUCCCGAUGAAAACAGUGGGUUGCUGGUUGCUCGCUCUGAAUUAGAGAGACGCAGCAAGUAUCUUCCGGAUGUCAAAAGUGAAAUACAUGCCUCUGGCCAACUUUGUGCAGACCAUUCCCUCAUGCGGCUGAUCCAGCAAUGCCUGCACAAUAUCCCUCAUAAACGUCCAACUAUUCACGAAGCACUAGGCUUACUGGAAGAGGCAAGAGCUGGUGUUGGAGAUGAAGGGAGCAAGAGAAACAAACUUGAACUACUGCAAGCAGUUCACAUUGAGUCCAAGCACCAGGAAUUUCAACAUGUAAUGGCAGAGAAUGCUGAUCUCCAGUGUAGCAUACAAAUGAAGGAAACAGAGCUCAGCAAGGUUCAGGAGCAAUUAAGAGAUAAGGAGGAAAAGCUGACCACCGUGUUAGGAGCAUUGACAAGAGCAGCAACAACAAUCAGGAGAGGGCAGGAGCAGAUACAGGACAUGAUGCAGCACGAGACUGAGGUUGUUCAGGCUAAGGACAGAGAACUAGCGCAAACUCAGCGGCAGUUAAGACAAAAGGAGGAAGAGCUCCUAAGAAAAGCAGAAGAGCUACAAAGAGCAGAGGAGGGUAUUAAGAAAGAGCAGCACCAGAUGCAUGAGAUGAGACAGCGAGUAUGUAUUGGCCACGUUGCAACUUAUUAUUAAUUUUUGUGACUGCAGGAGUUUGAGUUGGUACAAUCCUGGGAUAGGGCUCAACAGCAAAUGACACAAAUGACAGCAGUGGAAGAGAGGAUGAAGGUGGAGUUGCAGCAAGCUCAUGCACAAGUCAAUGAGCUGCAGCAGAGGGUGGAUGAGAUUGAGAAAACGAAAUAUGAUAAACGCUUGGUUCAGGAACAAGCCACUGCAGCCGAACGGCGAGGUCCUUCGUGGGAAGUUAAAGAAGAUGAGCUGGAAGUCACAGAUGAGACACUGGGGUGUGGAGGGUGGGCUUUAGUGAAAGUAGCAAAACUUAAAGUUGCUGCAAAGUGUCUCCACAACCAGCUGAUCUAUGACUACCAUCGAGAUUCGUUUAGACGUGAAAUGGACAUGGCAGCCCGACUCUGUCACCCCAACCUGUUGCGCUUUCUUGGAGCGAAACUAGAAGGAGACAUGACCAUUCUUACAGAGUUCAUGCCAAUUAGCCUGAGAGCUCUAAUUAAUGGGGAUCCACAGCAACCUCUUUCACUGCAACACAUCCUCUCAAUUACACUUGACGUAGCUCGUGCUCUUAACUACCUCCACAGCAUGACGCCUGAUCCCAUUAUCCACAGGGACCUCAGCAGCGCCAAUGUUCUUCUCCAGCCCUCUUCUAAUGGAGGAUGGCUUGCCAAGGUGGCAGACUACGGAACUGCCAAUUUUCAGAGCCUUCUAAAGACUCAGAAUCCCGGUUCCCCAGUUUACAAUGCCCCUGAGUCCCAUGACCCUGCAGCUCAGACACCCAAGAUGGACAUCUACAGCUUCGGAGUCCUACUAGUGGAGAUGUACACAGGACACCUCCCGACUGUCGAAUGCCGUGCCGAGCUGAUGAAGUCCAUGUAUCAUCCCGGACUGAUGAACCUCGCCAGGCAAUGUUUGAACGAAGACAAAGAUCGACGUCCAACAGCUGCUCAAGUGCUGGAACUUCUACAAGAUAUGCACUGAAGACAAGACAUGACUAGUUUUCUGCACCUUAGUUUUAACCCAUCUCAGCACCUUAGCCUCUAACUGCUAUAUAGCCUUAUCAUAAGUUAGUCGAAGUGUAUGUUCAACCUGUCCAAUUGCCUAACUGGCCCCCGUUUGCCCACCGGGCAUCCGGUUAUGCACUGGCCGUCCAGAUA